GUUGUGAACGUUUAGUGUUCAGACACUGCACUUGUAUAUCGUAUAAUUUUUUAGGUUAACAUAGUACAUGAUAAAAAAUUGCAAUUUAAUUGUCGAACUGCUUGAAUAAGAGUUUCGAUAUUUUAGAUGGAACCUAUGGCAUUGGGAUCACCUGUUGGAAGUCCUGUACAAAGUCCUGGAAGUCCAGGAACUUCUGCGUAUCUUCCAAGUUUCCUUUUGGGAGAUACCACAACACCUUCUAAAAUAAACCAGUCUAACCCCCAAGAUACUCCAAAGCAAUUUCACCUUGGGCACAGUAGUCUAGCAUCUCCACUAACACAUUAUGGUACCUCAGACUAUCGUACUAAUCGUCAGAAGGCAGUGUUUGGCGGAGCUAAUACUCCGAACACGUCGCAAAUAGCUACAGAAGAUCAUACCGGUGGGCCACCGACUAGAGGAUUAUUCGAUACCUCGCCCUAUGUAUCACCUGGGAAUCAAAGCACUUCUUGUAGCCAUUCUAAACUUUUAAUGAACUCGAUGAACAAUUCUAUAUUUACUGAUAGCCCAAUGAAUCCCAAUAUAAAUGAAUCGCAAGGUCUUUUGCAAUGGGUGACUGUUUUCGGUUUCCCGCCGAGCGACAUGAACGCGGUUUUAGCUCAUAUCUCGAGCAGGGUACGUGUAGUGGACAAACAUCCCGCUCCGCACGCGCAAAGUAAUUGGAUACAUUUAAAAUGCGCCUCGGAACAAGAAGCACAGAGAGCUUUUGCUUGUAAUGGAAAUAUCGUUUCCGGGUCUGUAAUGAUCGGCGUGGUACCUUGCACGGAUGAGGGCGUUGUGUUAGGAAGUGACAAAGAAAAUCACUCUAAAAUAAACGGAAGCGUCAAGUGUUUCUCGAGUCUUGGAAUGGCCAAUCAUUCGCAAGAAUAUAAUACGCCACGUACAUCGAUUAGAAUACAAAAUGCAAGACCCUUGGCGGCUGGUUACAACCAGCAUUUAAGUCCGCAAUCAGUACGAUCGCCGGAGAAUAUACCGCAAAAAUCGACGGGUUUGGUUUCGAAAGCAAUGGAAUAUAUGUUCGGAUGGUAGCCUCUAAU